AUGGCGGCGUUGGUGGAAGAGUUUGUGUCCCGGCAAAUGGAGUUGCUAAAGGAGGAAAGAGAGGCCGAAAUUUCGGAAGCAAGAGCAUGGCAAGAAGGAAUCUCCCUGAAAGAGCUGCAACGUAGAGGAGUUUGCUUACUGAAACUCGAACUACAUUGUCAAAAAACUGGGCUAUAUGGCCAUCUGCUUGUAACUUUCAAAAAGUCUCAAAAACAUGGCUCAGACACAGAGUUACCUUCCAAUAGUUUUGGGCCUGGUGACAUAGUGGGACUUUAUGAAGCAGCUGGACAAAAUAAUCAGAUCUGCACAGGAAUUGUCACCCGGACGGCCUCCAAUUCAAUUACAAUCGCAGUUGAUGAGCCUCAGAGUAACCUUGUAAAUGUAGAUCAGGAGAAUUUGUACUGUCUGUUGAAACUUGCCAAUGAUGUUACAUACAAUAGACUCAAAAG